AUGCAAGCUUUGCAAAUGUUUAUAGAUGCAGAUUUGACACAAGGACAGUACGAAAUUAUAAGAAAGACCAAUAAGAAGUUUUUUCCGUGCUAUAGUGCCUUACAAAAAGCCAAGAAGAAAUGUUACCCACCUCAAGAAUCGUGUAUGGUAACGAGUACUAGUGCCGAAGCUCAGUUACAGCCGCUAAUGGAUGUUACUGUUAGGCGUUUAUCGGAAUACCUAGAAGAGAAGAAAAAAAUUGAAGUAAAGCCUGGUCAAAGUGUUUCCACCGAGACUCAACCAAAAGAGUCUGACAAAGAGAAUGAUCAAGAACCAAGUAGAUAUAUUAGUGAAUCUGAUUUAGAGGAAAGCGAAGAACCACCGCAAAGCAUUAAAGCUGACCUUAACGUCAUUAGUUCUAACAAAAAAAAUGAAGUCCUUAUGCAUUAUAAAAUUGCAAAACAGAUCCCAGAAGAAAGGAAAAUGAAAUUUGAAGCAAAAUAUGCAAUAAUGAAAAAUAGUUUGAACACUGUGACAACAAAGGCAGCACAGGAAGAAUAUCUAAACCUAUUAAUUAACAAAAUAGAAGUAAAAAAGCGAAGAACUAUCCCUCAAAAUUCUAAACAAUCAAUAAGUAAACAACAAGUGAAAACUAUUGAAUUAAGCAAAAAUAUAAACAAAUAUGAAAAUCCGAAAGACGUGUUCAAGAAACCAUAUGAAGUAGUGAAUGAACAAACAAGAAAAAUAAACUCAAAUAAAAAAUUCAGAAAAAGAGCUUGCUAA